AUGCGGCUGCAGUGCGAGGUGGAGGUGCUCAGCCGGCUCCUGCCCACCUGCGGGCUGCGGGGCCGCGGCCGCUCGGCGCGGGCGCUGGUGUCGCUCGGGCGGCCGCCCGGCGCUGCCGGGGCCGGCAUUUACCUGAUGGUGUGCACGGCGCGGGACCGCGGCGGGGCUCGCUACAAGGUGCAGCAGAACGUGGAGCGGCUCUUCACGCGUUUCGUGGAGGAGGGAAAGGCCACGGUGAGGCUGCGGGAGCCCGCGGUGGAUCUGUGCCUCAGCAAGGCAAAUGUGAUCAAUUUAAAGACUUUCCUUUCAGCCGUGAGACUGGCUCACCAAGGCAACGACACCGGAGCUCUCCCUCUCUCACCUCUGGUCCCAGCCAAGAACUCCGACGUGGAGAAACCCAAAACCAAAAUGAUCAUCACUUCCAGGAGGGAUUACCCCCUCACCAAGAGCUUCCCUUUCUCCCUGGAGCACCUGCAGACCUCGUACUGCAAGCUGGCCAGGGUGGACAGCAGGGUGCUGUGCCUGAGGAAGCUGCGCAAGCUGGACCUGAGCCACAACCACAUCAAGCAGCUGCCGGCUACGCUGGGGGACCUGGUGUGUCUGCAGGAGCUCGACCUGCACGACAACCACCUGGAGGCCUUCAGCGGUGCCCUGUGCAGCUCGGGCCUGCAGAAAUCCCUGCAGCUGCUGGACCUGAGCCAGAAUCAGAUCCAGGCGCUGCCCCUCGAGUUCUGCCAGCUGCGGGGCCUGGUGCAGCUGCGGCUGGAUGACAACGCCCUGCUGCGCCUGCCCUGCAGGAUCGGGCAGCUGAGCCGCCUGCGCUUCCUGUCAGCGGCACGCAACAAGCUGCCCUUCCUGCCCUGCGACUUCAGGAAACUCUCUCUGGAGAACUUGGAUCUCUUUGGGAAUCCUUUUGAGCAGCCCAACCCUCUGGUUCCCAACAUCCAACUGAAAAUCCCCUUGACGCUGUUGGAGUGUGCUGCCAGGGCCACCGUCAACCACAGAAUCCCUUAUGGCUGUCACCUCCUCCCUUCCCACCUGUGCAAGGAUCUGGAAGUGGCCAAGACGUGUCGGUGUGGGAGCGCCUGCCUGAGCAGCUUCAUCCAGAUCACGGUGACCAUGAACCUGCACCACGUGGCCCACACCGUGGUGCUCGUGGACAACAUGGGGGGCACGGAGGCUCCCGUGCUCUGCUACUUCUGCUCCCUGGACUGCUACUCCCAGUUCCUGGACAGGCACCUCCAGAGCAAUGGGUGACACCAGAGCCAGCUCUGCCUGCUGCGAUUCUGGGCAUGGAGGAGCCUGGGGGCGCUCCCUGCGGGGACAAAUCCCUCUGGGAGAGAGGGGACACGGCCUGGCCUGGCCUGGCUCCUCUGCAAUCUCCUCUGGUUGGAGCACAGAGCAAUGUUUAGCUGGAGAGAACCUUCCUUAGAAUGUAUUUCUUUUUUGCUGUUCCCGGGGCUUUGCUUGGGAGUUUUCUGUGUUUUGUGGGGUCAGUGGUUCCUUCUUGGAAGGACAAAAGUGAGUUUAUCCCAAAGUUACCCACGAGAGGCUCUGAGCUCUGCCCACGGGCAAGGACUGCACUCCACUCUUCCAAUGGAGGAGAAACCACAUCCAGACCAAUUACAGAAUUCCAGGUGCUUUUUUUUUUAAAGGUUCUGUUAUAACAUUCCCAUUUGGAGCAGGGACCAGCAUUGCUGGGUUUUUACCAGAGCAAAUGGUGUUUUUUUUGGGGGGGGGGGUUUCUCUCUUUGUGAUACCAGAAAUGUCUUUUUUCUAAAUAUGUGCCUGAAACUUCGUUUCUUAAUCCUCCUGUUUUAAUGAUUCUUGAAUUUGUUUCACUGUGUUCACUUAUUAAAUUUUGAAACCUUUC